UAAAAGAGGACGGGACUGUCAAGACUCCACACAUAUGAGAGUGUUUCUUGUAAAGUGGAAAUCACAACCGGUGGGCUCGGACUUGUCAGAUGCCUCUUGGAUUACGGCUAGGAUAUUCACUGUCUGCGUUGCCUUCACGUACCGUCAUUUUGGGACUAAACAGUGUCGGAUAUUUUAAAGCCGCUGCUGUUGCUGUUAAAGCAAAACGGAUGUCAGUGUGGUGGUCAGAGAUGGGAGAGGGUUUGGGGCUUGUAGGAUGGUAGCCGACAGCACAGUGGAAGGCCAUGACAAGAGGCGCUUGUCAAGCUCAUCCUCAUCAGCAUCAUCCUCCUCAUCCUCCUCAUCCUCAUCAGCAUCAUCCUCCUCAUCCUCAUCAUCUUCAUCAUCCUCCUCAUCAUCAUCGCUGUCGCUGCCCAGGCACGAGGUCGCGGUCAUCCCCCGCGCCAUACAGUUGGAUCGCCUUCAGCAUCGAGCGGUCCCAGAUCCCACCCAGAGGUCUGUCCCUGUUCCCUGCGUGUACCUGACCCAUUUCCCCAUCUUCUCCUGCAAGGAGGACUGUGACAUCAUUACAGAUACAGCGUCCAAGCUCGAGCGCAGCGGUUUCUACUGGGGUCCUCUGGGAGUUGAGGACGCCCACCGUAUGCUGCGGGAGUCUCCUCUGGGCAGCUUCCUCAUCCGCGACAGCCGCCAGAAAGACAUCUUCUUCACUCUGUCCUACAACUCCAGGAGCGGACCGGUCAGCGUUCGCAUCGACUACAAGCAGCAGAAGUUCUCACUGGUUGGAAACGAACGCUCCUUCCCAACACUCUUCGCCCUUUUGGAACAUUACAUCACCUCCCCCAAGAAGAGCCUAAGCGUACCGUAUAGGAAAUGGAAGCCGACGCUGCAGGACUUGUGCCGAAAACGCAUAAUGGAGCUGUGUGGGGGAGAAAGUCAGAUUUCCAACCUCCCCAUCAAUGCUGUUGUCAAAAACUUCCUGCUGGAAUUCCCUUACAAGUUAUGAGCUUGGCAUGUUUUGUUUUGCCGUUGCUUUUAGCAAUUCCAGGAAACCAGUUUUUACCGAGUAAUGGUAACUGGAAGUGGCUACCGAGGCCUUCCUGUAACAAGUUGGAGGUGAGGACUGCAUCGUCAUGGUUACAGAAAGACUGGCU